GUCAAUCACAUCUUUAAAAAAGUGGGACAUUGGAAGUAGUAAGUACAACUGUCCAAGAAGAAAAGGGCAAUAAAAGAAUCAAGGAUCGGUUGUCGUAGCAGAAGUGGACAACAGUUCUGAAGACGAUCUCGUUGGCUGUAGAUGAGUAAGUACAUCAUGACGAUGUAUGUGUUGAUAUGACUUGAAUCGGACUAUCUGGUUACGACUUGAAGUUACAGGGAUCUUGCUACCCGUGGACUAGCUAUAACACACAACGUGUUAGUGAACCACGUAAAUACGUGUGUUGUGUUUGAUUCUUACUUUUGUUUUUCUUGCUUUGUCAUUCCUCCGAUUUCCCGAUCCAUAGAAAUAGUCGUGACAGUAGGGUUUCUCCGAAUAAGGAUUGCUUUUCAACCUACGAGCAAAUAGAUGGUGGUAACGUGGUUAUAUCCAAUGGAGAUGUUUGCAAAGUGGUUGGAAUCGGGUCUAUCAAGAUUCAAACACAUUAUGGUUUGUUUUAUACUGUGAAUGAUGUCAAGCAUGUUCCACAAAUGACAAAGAAUCUGAUCUCUUUAAGUCUUCUCGACAACAAGGGUCUCAGUUUCAAGGAAAAAUGUGGAGUUGUAUAUGUCAGCAAAGGUUCGAUGAAGGUACUAAAAGAUGUGAAGCGUGGUACCUUGUAUGCAUUAUAAGGGUCUGUGUUGUCCGAUUUUGCUGCUGUUGCACCAUCUCAGGUUCAUCGGGAAGAUAUAACCACUCUAUGGCAUAUGAGACUGUGUAAUAUGAGAGAAUGGGGGAUGCAAAUUUUUCAAAGAGAGAUCUUUUUUGCAGGCACAAGGUGCAGAGUUUGGAAUUCUGUGAGCAUUGUGUGCUUGGAAAAUUACAUCUUAGUAAAUUUCCUAAGAACGAUAUCCACUGGAAGACGGGGAUACUAGAUUACCUCCACUUUGAUUGUCGGGGUCCUUCAAGAGUUGAAUCUAUUAUACUCAGUAGGAAUGUAAUAUUUGAUGAGAAAUCUAUGUUUAACCCCAUGUUGAAGGAUACUGCUGUUGGAGAUUGUAGGAAUGUUGAUAAACAGGCGGAGCUGCAAACUCUUAAAGAGAGUGAGUUUGAGCACCAAGGUGGAGAAGAUCAACAUGAUGAUGUUUCUGAUAAGCUAGAAACUUCAGAGUCUAGUGCACAAGCUCAAGAAUUAAUAGCUUCUGUUAUUUCAAAGAGAGCGAAUGCAAGAGUACCUCCACAGAGGUAUGGCUUUGAGGAUGUUAUGACAUAUGCUUUUCAGGUGGCUGAAGAAGUGGAUGCGGGUGAACCACAAUCCUACAGAGAAGCGGUUUCGUGUGGCGAAGCUGCUCAAUGGUUUGCCACAAUGGGAAUGAGAUGGAAUCUCAUGAUAAGAAUCAAACUUGGGACUUGGUUAAACGACCACGGGGAAGGAAGAUUGUUACAAAAAAAAAAUGAAUCUACAAGAAGAAGGAAGGAAUAAUUUCAAGAGGGCAUUAAAUUUAAAGCUCAGAUAGUUGCAAGAGGCUUCAUGCAGAGGGAAUGAGUUGGUUACUAGGAGAUUUUCUCACCAGUGGUCAAACAUACUUCGAUCAGAGUGUUACUAGCAAUAGUGCCAUAUUAUGAUUGGUGCUCGAGCAACUAGACAUGAAGGCAACUUUUCUACAUGGAUUGGAAGAAGAAAUUUACAUGACUCAACUUGAGGGAUUCAAGGUUCCAGGAAAGAAGAUUAUGUUUGUAAGUUGAAGAAGUCCUUGAAUGCAAAGCAGUCAAAAUCAGGAUUUUACCUAAAAUCGAAAACUGGGAUAAAAUCAUAAUCGUAAAAUCGUAGAAUUUUAAGAACCAUAUAAAACAUAACCUAUAAUACUAUUAAUAAGGUAAAUCAUUAAUAACACAAAGACACAUAACCUUUAAAAUGAUAAUUCUCAGUAUUUUUUUUACAAAAGAUAAAUUCUCAAGAUUCAUGCUCCAAAAUUACUAUUUUAAUUGUUAUUUAAUGCGUAACUCAAAAUAAUUAACGAGGAAGGAAUAAAGCUCCAUGGGUUUGUCUCUUGUUUUCAUGUUGUCUAGGUAGUUUAACUCAAAGUAAUAUUCCUACAUCGUCUAAGUAUGAUUUAAAACUAAAAAUAUUUGAACUCCAAUAAAAUAAGUAAUGCUAGUGCCUUGGUACAAAUAUAUUUAUUUAUAAAUUAAUUAGUUAAUAAUGAUGUUAAUUCUUACGUACUUCCAAUAUUAGGAUAAUUGUUUUACCAAUAAGUUAAAUGGGGCGAAGGGAAAGGGAUUGACCGAGCCCUAAUUUGGUUAUUUUUAUUAUUUUUAAAUAUUUUAUAAAAAUAUCUGAGAAGAUUCUCGUCAUUCCCCUUUCCCCCGUUAUGCUUCUUUUAAAUUGGCUCGAAACACCUAUUUUUUCUCAUACGAUCAAAAUCCCGAUUUUUGUAUGAUUUUAAACGAUUUUAAGGUCCAUCGAUUUUAUAUUAAAAUCCGGAUCGAAUUCCUAAGCAAAAUUCUAAAAUACUACGAUUUUACGAUCAAAAUCCCGAUUUUGACUGCAUUGCUUGUAUGGACUUAAGCAAUCCCUGAAAUAGUGGUACAAGAAGUUUGACAGUUAUAUGCUAGAGUUGGGCUACAAUAGAAGGAGAACUUCUACUAUGCUAUAUAGUAUUGGUGCUUUAAUGUACAAUUUAAAGUUGUACCAUAACAUUAAAUGUAUAAGUUUAGGUUGUACCAUAAAGCAAUUUGUACCAUUAUGUUAUGGUACAACUUUACAACUUGAAGUUGUACCAUCACAUAAAAGUACAAGUUCAAGUUGUACCAUAAAAGAAUUUGUACAAAAAGUAUAGGUACAAUCUGAAAUUGUACCAUAACGUAAAUGUACAAUUUUAAGUUGUACCAUAAAGGCAAAACCCUAUAGCACCAAUACUAUAUAGCAUUGUAAAAUUUCUCACAAUAGAAGUCCUUAUGAUCGUUGUGUGUAUCACAACAAGGCUAAGAAUGGUUCGAUGAUAUAUCUAGUUCUGUAUGUGUAUGAUAUGCUCAUAGCUGCAAAGUCGAAGUCUAAUAUCCAAAAGUUAAAGGACUUCUCAGUGCUGAGUUUGAGAUGAAAGAUUUAGGAGCUGCUCAAAAGAUUUUGGAUAUGGAGAUUUACAGUAAUAGAGAGAAUAAGAAGCUUUUCUUGUCACGGAAGAGUUACAUCCAGAAGAUAUUGUCCAGGUUUGGGCAUGUCUUCAGCAAAGCCCUUGAAUAAUCCUAGUGCUUCAAAUGUUAAUCUAUCUCAGUUCAUGCACCACAGUCAGAGGACGAGAAGGAGUACAUGCCGAUAGUCUCAUAUGCUAGUGCAAUAGGUGGUUUGAUGUAUGUUAUUAUCUGCACUAGACCUGAUCUUGCACAUGUUGUUAGUGUUGUCAACAGGUUUAUGAUACAACUUGGAAAGGAACAUUGACAGGCUGUGAAGAGGAUUUUUCGUUACCUGAAGGGUACGUCUAAUGUGGGGAUUAGCUUCGGAAGUGAUACAUAGUUCUUAGUGUUUGGUUAUUCAAAUUCUGAUUGUGAUGGAGAUGUCAACACGAGGAGAUCAAUGACCAGUUAUGUAUUCACUUUUGGGAGUCCUGUGGUAAGCUGAAAGAAAACUCUACAGUCGAUAGUGAAAUUAUCUACUACUAAAGCAGAGUACAUGGCGUUGACAGAAGCUGCUUAGGAGGAAAUAUGAUUGAAGGGGCUGGUUGGUGUAUUGUGAUAGUUUGAGUGCAAUAUGUUUGGCCAUUGAUCAACUCCACCAUGAGAGAACUAAGUACAUCGACGUGAGAUAUCAUUUCUUGAGGAUAAAGAAGAGGAUUAAGGUGAAAAAUAUUGACACUGUGGACAGUCCAGCUGACAUGUCCACGAAAUCGACUCCACAUGAAAAGUUCCAACACUACUUCGAUUUGCUGAAUGUUCUGAGUGGGUGAAUCCGCCCUAAGGGGCAUUGGUGUCGGAAGAGAGUACAUAGGAGAUUUCAGAGGAAGAUAAUUCAAGUCAAGGUGGAAAUUUGUUGAUAUGACUUGAAUCGGACUAUCUGCUAUGAUGGGAAGUCACGGGGGUAUCGUUGUUAUUUGGGUUCUACUCCGGGCCUGGUUUGUAACCGUUUUCCUUUACCAUAUUGGAUUAGGGUUAGACCAUAUGGAGAAAUACUACAAAUAUUUCUUAUACUCCUCUGUAAUCUGUAUCUUCUCGAAGUAUAGUCAAACUUGCUCUCUCCUACUCGUGGACUAGCUAACACACAUCGUGUUAGUGAAGCACGUAAAUUCGUGCGUCGUGUUCAUUAUUGCUUUCGUUUUUCUUACUUUAUCGAUCCCCCAAUUUUCCAAUUCUUAGAAACAGUCAUGACAAGUUAUGCGAAAAAUGGAAAGGGAAAUCAUGUGUAGAAAGUAAAUUUAGUGAGACCUAGUCAUAUACUCAUUUGAAUGAAAUUAUUACAACGGUUAAUUGGAUUCCACGAGAAAAACUUUUGAAAACAAUAAAGAAGCUACUUAUUGUAACUUCAACUAAUUUAUGUUGUGUUGUCAACUCAUGUUGCCACAACAUGUGAAAACAUAACUAAACAUGUUUUUAGUAUCUGUUUUCACUUUUAAAAACAGUAACUGAGAAUAGUACUAAACAGGAAUUAUAGAUUGAUAGUGAUUGACUUCCUGAUAAUGCCCAGUUACCUAUUGACUUCAUUAAUACAAUGACUUUGCCAAU